CGCGCAUUGUCGCCCAGGACGUCGGCUGCACGAGUCGCCAGGAGACUAGUGGAAGCUCACACCAAGCACCUGAAAGAACACCUUGGAUAUUGUUUCUUUGGCCUUUAAGCUAUUGAAACAAUAGUGCCUUCUGGGCCUGUUCUGCUCUGUUACUGGAGAGUGUUUCUGAUCAUCUGAAUCUCAACCAUGUUUUCAAACUGCUUGCAGAAUAUCAUAAAAAUCACAGAUGCUCACCUUCUACAUUCAGGAUUAUGCCACCGAUUAAUAAGAAAUAAAAGGAGGUUUUUUGGAACUGUGCCAACAUCCAGAUUGCACAGGCGGGUUGUCAUUACAGGUAUUGGUUUAGUGACUCCUCUUGGUGUUGGAACUCAACUGGUGUGGGACCGUCUGAUCCGAGGAGAGAGUGGGAUUAUUUCACUGGUUGGUGAAGAAUAUAAGAGUAUCCCUUGCAGUGUUGCUGCUUUUGUGCCAAGAGGUUGUGAUGAAGGUCAGUUCAAUGAACAAAACUUUGUGUCCAAAUCAGAUAUCAAGUCCAUGUCUUCCCCCACCAUUAUGGCCAUUGGGGCUGCAGAGUUAGCCAUGAAAGACUCUGGCUGGCAUCCUCAGUCAGAAGCUGAUCAAGUGGCUACGGGUGUUGCAAUUGGCAUGGGAAUGGUUCCUCUUGAAGUUGUUUCUGAAACGGCUUUGAUGUUUCAGACCAAAGGUUACAAUAAAGUCAGCCCAUUCUUUGUCCCUAAGAUUCUGGUCAACAUGGCAGCAGGCCAGGUCAGCAUUCGCUAUAAACUCAGGGGCCCCAACCAUGCAGUAUCUACAGCCUGUACCACAGGAGCUCAUGCUGUGGGAGACUCUUUCAGAUUUAUAGCCCAUGGUGAUGCUGAUGUGAUGGUGGCUGGAGGUACAGAUUCCUGCAUUAGCCCUUUAUCUCUUGCUGGGUUUGCCAGAGCCCGUGCUCUGAGCACAAACCCUGAUCCUAAGUUGGCAUGUCGACCAUUUCAUCCGAAGAGAGAUGGUUUUGUAAUGGGAGAAGGUGCAGCUGUGCUGGUGCUGGAAGAACAUGAACAUGCUGUUCAAAGAGGAGCCCGGAUCUAUGCAGAAAUUUUGGGCUAUGGACUCUCAGGUGAUGCUGGUCACAUUACUGCGCCCGACUCUGAAGGAGAAGGUGCUUUAAGAUGUAUGGUUGCUGCUGUAAAGGAUGCAAAUGUACAGCCCGAAGAGAUAUCCUAUGUCAAUGCACAUGCUACUUCCACACCCCUAGGAGAUGCUGCUGAAAACAAAGCUAUCAAACAUCUUUUCAAAGACCAUGCACAUGCCCUCGCCGUUUCCUCAACUAAAGGAGCCACGGGACAUCUGCUGGGAGCUGCAGGGGCGGUUGAGGCAGCAUUCACUGCUCUGGCUUGUUAUUAUCAACAACUACCACCUACUUUAAACCUGGAUUAUACAGAACCAGAAUUUGAUCUCAAUUAUGUUCCACUGAAGGCACAGGAAUGGAAAACUGAGAAAAGACGUAUUGGACUCACCAAUUCCUUUGGUUUUGGUGGUACUAAUGCAACACUUUGCAUUGCUGGCAUGUAGGACAGACAAAUCAUUUGUGAUUAAACAUUGAUUUUUAAUGUUAUAAACAAACUUUAUGAAGUGGAGAAAUACUAUGUUUCUAUAAAUGCAUAUACUUUUAUAACUGUGUCAGGGUUUCUCAGUUUUGCCACUACUGAUAUUUGAGGCUGGCUAAUUCUUUGUUGGGGAGAGGGGAGUUGUCCUUUACAUUGUAGG